AUGGUCACAUCUUUUGCUCUCCUUUUUCUAUCAAUUGCUGUAAUUGAAUCCAUUGCAGGAAUAUUAGGAAAUGGAAUUAUCUUGGCUGUCAGUUCAUCUAGCUGCAUUAGGAACAAAACAUGGUCUCCAUAUGAUAUGAUCAUGAUCUCUCUGAGUUUAUCUAGAUUUAUUUUGUACUCUUGUAAUAUAUUGGAUUUCUUAAUGAUUGUAUUCUGUGAACAGUCCUAUUAUGAAGAAAAUGUGUUUGUAAUUAUCAAUGCAGUUUUUAUCUUUCUGAACAGCUCCGGUCUCUGGUUUGGUGCCUGGCUUAGUGUCUUCUAUUGUAUCAAGGUUGCCAGUUUUACACACUCUUUCUUCAUCUGGCUGAAGCAAAGAAUUGCCAGGCUGGUGCCCUGGAUGGUGCUCACAUCGUGGCUCUACUCCUUUGCAACCGCACUUCCCUUCGCCUGGGAUGACUACGGUGUGCACAUCAACUUCACUGCUSCWCUCUCCAUGGCAAACUCUUCAGCAAUGAGAACCRCAAGGAAAGACAAUUUGAGUUUAUUAAUUCUUCUGUGUAACGCAGCUAUAAGUUUGCCUUUAAUUCUGUCUGUUGUUUCRAGUGUCCUACUGAUUUGGUCUCUGUGGAUACACAGCAGACAGAUGCAAAAUAAUGCAAGYGGCUUUGGAGAUCCCAGCUUAGAGGCCCAUGUGAAAGCUAUCAAAUCAGUCUGCUCCUUCAUUAUCUUUUACAUUAUAUAUUUUAUUUGUGUGCUUCUCCUCUUAUGCGGUGAAUUUUCACUUUUAAGCAAUGGGGAAUCCAUAUGUGUAGCUGUAUUGGCUGCUUGUCCCGCAGGACACUCAAUGGUCUUAAUUUGGAGCAAUCCAAAAUUUCAAGAGUUGCCAUCCAAGAUUUGGCAGUACACAAACUGUCCUGCCAGAACUAGAUCAAUGUGA